GUUUUUUUUUGUUAUUGUAUUAAUAUUGUAAACAAAACGUAAAAAAAAUUGAUACAUUUUCUAUCGUGUGUGUAAACAGGCUUCAUCUUUUACGAACUGAUUCAAAUUUAUUUUUUUCAAUGAUUUAUUUAAAUUUGAAACAAGAAAAGUAAAAAAAAAAAUAGUUAUGGCUAUCAAUCCACAGCAACAACAACAACAACAACAUCCGAACAAUAAUUCGAUCAAUUAUCAGAUAACAACUGGUAACACGACAACAACAUAUCAAUCAACAUUGAAUGGUGGAAAUAUUGGUUCAGCGAUUAUUGCUGCUGCUGCUGGUGGUGGUGGUGGUGGUGGUGUUGGUGCCAAUAUUAUCGGUACCAUUAAUAAUCCAAUCAAUAAUCUAGUUAAUAUGAAUUUGACAACAGUAUCGGCAGCAAAUACAUCGACAACAAAUCUAAAUACCAAUACCAAUAUUAUUGCUAAUAAUCAAAAUAAUAGCAGUAAUAAUAAUGCAUUAUCAUUAUGUUGUUUGAUUGAAAAUGGUACAAAAUGUACAAGAAAUGCAGGAAAUGCAUCCUAUUCGAAAAGGAUUGAAAAACAGGUUGCCCAAAGAAAAUUGCAGCUAAUUGUUGAUCCACGUUCAUCACAUGCAUAUAUCUGUGAACAUCAUAAACAGAUUAUACAAUCAAUUCGAACGAGUGGAAAACGUAAACGUAAAGAUGGUGGUAGUGUUAUCGGUGGUCAUGAUGAUGGCCUAAUUGAUGAUGAACUUUCAUUAAAUGAUUUUAAUGGUAUUAAUGAUUCAUCAAAUGAAAUGAUAACACAUUCAAUUACAUCAACAAUGAAUAUAAAUUCAUCAUUAUCAUCAUCAUCGACAUCAGCACAUCAAUCACAUCAUCAUAUGAAUAAUAGUGGAAAAUAUGGAUCACAACAACAUCAUCAUCAACAGCAUCAGCAGCAACAACAACAACAACAACAACAAUCAUCUUAUACAUCAUCAUCAUCAUCAUCACCAAUAGAUUUUCAUAGUUUACAAGUGAAUACAUUACGUAAAUAUAAACGACAUUUUCGUUUACCAAUUAAACAUGCAAGUAAUAAAAAUCAAUUGGCUGAUGAAAUUCAACGACAUUUUCGUGCAUUAGAUGUAAAUGAAAAAGAUGUUAUCAAUAAAUUUAUGUAUAUGGUGAAAAAUGGUAGCAAUAAUAAUAAUUCGAAUAAUAAUAAUAAUGGAAAAUCGAAUGAAUUUAGUAAUUCCAAAGAAUAGCCGCCUGACGACAUUUUUUUCUUCUCUCUCUAUCAUCAAAUUCAUCAAUCAAUCAUCGUAACUGCUAAACAAAAUAAUUCUUU